AUGUCAAUGUCUACACGCUUGGAAAGUAUCAUAGCGGCAUCGAAGUCUUCCCCAGAAGACCUCAGCGACGAGAACACAUCGCAAGUGCCAGAUAACAAUCUACCUCCGCAACAGCUUUCGACAACUGCGGAACAACCGGGCCCUACUUUCGUCCAUGAUCAGGACGUCAUUGAAAAUCUGCAGCCUAGGAAUUAUUCCUCAAACUGUGAUGCAACGAACUCUAUUAGUGGUGAUCCUUUACACUCACCCGUGUCGGAGCAAGAUUGGGAUUCUUGGAUUGGUUUAGAGGAUGCAAAAGACCUUACGAACGCAGCGUGUUUCGCCGAAUGUCACCCAUUAUUCGAACUUGUCCCAUCACUUGGACUUACACACAAUGAAGUAGAUCUGCCCUCUACUUUCGAAGGAGAUGUCAUCCCACAUACAAAUCCGUCAGGACAGGAUAUCGUAGCGAGAAGUCCGGGGCUUCUACCGGCCGCUGAACGAGUCGACUCGUCCACAACAAGUACCAGAGGCAAAGUGAGACCGCAUGAUUCCGACGACCAAGACGGAGCACAUCUAGACAGUAUCACGAAGCACCUUACAAGCCGUUUAGGGCGUUUACAGAUUGCUGAAGAUGGACAGCCUCGCUACUACGGAGCAACCAGCAACCUUCAUCUUUUGCAUAGGGGCCCGUCGUCCCUCUGUCAACCCAACAUACGACAGGUGGUUACCCACGGAGAAGCAGCCAUUGCCCGAGCCGGUCUUCACUGGAAGGGUGAUCCAGAGUACGAAGAAACUCUGGUUAAUUUGUUCUUUUCAUGGCAUAAUACCUUGAUGUAUGUUGUUGACAAACCAAUAUUCUUCAAAGAACGGCAACAUUUUCGAUCAGGACAUCACACCAACCUGUAUUCUCCGGCGUUGGAGAAUGCCGUGUACACAGUUGGCGCCGCGUACACAGAUCGUCUGCAUCCAGAAAUCGACGGACCCACAGAUGAAUUCUUUGGAUUUCGAGCGAAGGCUCUCUUGGACAUCGAGAUUGAUAGCCCAACAAUUGCAACAGCCCAGGCUUUGCUGGUGCUCUCGUCGCAUGAAGCUGCUCAUGCGCGUGACUCACGCGGCUGGAUAUAUUCUGGAAUGGCGGUGCAGAUUUUGUCAGAUCUCGGGUUGCACCUGAAUCUUGCACUAGACUUCUCGAAGUUUCACAACACGAACAGCAGUGCCGACGAAGUUACCUUACUGCGGCAGAACCUGUUCUGGUCGGCCAACACAAUAGACACGCUAUGGAGUGCUUAUAGCGGACGGCCGUCUCUGAUGAAACGCCUUGCUCACAACAUACCGUCCCCGAUGCCUUCAACCAACUAUUCGUGGGAAUACUAUACCGACGAGUACAGCACCAUGACUUUCCCAAGAGGCUUCGACUUCGAUGCCGCAGCGCAAGUUCAUGUUUAUCUUGCCAGGCUGAUGACGGUCUUUGCACGAGUGUCGGAAGUGCUAUAUUCUGGUGUUCCUGAUGUCCUGGACGAUAUCCAUACUUUCGUUGCUGGAUUUGAUGCUGAGUUACAAAGUUGGCUUGAUACGCUGCCACCAGCCCUCCGGGUGGAUUACUCCUCCGCACGGACAGCGAUCUAUCUUCCCGCGGUCCUUGAGCUACACCUCAUCUUCAACGAGUGUGUUAUACUCCUGCAUCGACCGCUUAUUGCGUGCGACGAGUCGUCGUGGCUGUCUAUCACCCCUACUCAGCGAGACGCAGCGCAAUCUCUUUCAAAAUGCGUCCAAGCAGCUCAACAAGUUUGCAAACUCCUCACGAUUUUCCGUCAGCGGUACGGUCUACGUCGACCUCAUCACCAAAUGGGUCAUGUCACACUGACGGCGGGCCUCAUCCAUGUAUUCCAAAUGUGUAGAACCAGCACGGGGACCCCCGAAAAUCGAAAUGCCCAGCAAGGUUUUCUGACCUGUAUUCAAAGCCUGGGAGAGAUGGGUCAGACGUACAAGAGCGCUUCCCGAGCUCUUGAUGUGAUCACCUCGCUCGGGCAGAGCUGGCAAAACGAUGCCGUUGCUGGGCGUCGGGUGAAGUGGCCGAAGCUGCAGUAA